AUUCCUUUGGGGUGAAGGAGUAUAUACACCUUUGGGGACUGUUCUCAUAAAAACAUCGGCUCUGCCGUUGAUCCCUACCUUCCCAGUAUCCUUCUCGUUGUCUUAGACGUCGUUGACACGUUCUACGACGGCGACAACAAUGGCUCCUACGUCCCAUAUUGCGAAUGGCCAUGCGGGUCAGUCUACACGUCCCAUCUUCAUAACGUCUGGCCCAACUAGAGUAUUCAUACCAGUAUCAGCUUCCUGUGACGAAUGGCUCGUUGCAGAGAUCCUUAGAGACGAAUUUAACCUGUCGCAAGAUGCGAAUCCCAUAGACAACACGCUUGAGAACGAAGCCGAAGCUUCGGUCGAGUUAACGAGCCGUUUCCUCAAUUUCAUUGCCCAAAAGCUCGAGAGCGAGCCUUCAGCCUUUGCAGUUAUAUCUGUUCUCCUGGGUGCUUUGAACCACUUCACCGCUUCGUACCUCUCCCAGCAAGACAUACACGUCUUCACCACCAGCUUUGAAUCAACCGUUCGCAAAGCAGUGUUGACAAACUAUUUCAAUACCAUUGCUACGCUUGAGACCCACAAUGUCUCCGACAUUCCUCGCGCCCCCAGGUCCGCGCUGUUCGCUGCAGUUGCGAAGGGUGACGCGUCAGCAUAUGCGCUUUUCGGCGGUCAAGGCCCCAAUGAAGUGUACUUUGACGAACUCCAGGCUUUGUAUGACACGUAUAAACCUUAUGCCGCCAGCUUCAUCGAGACCGUUACUCGUGAGGUUCUCUUACCUCUCACCAGAGAUUCCGAGUCCACCACCUAUUACACUCACGGCAUGGACGUUGUCUCAUGGCUGUCUGGCGCGUCACCGCGUCCGCCAACCUCGUAUCUUGCUUCGGUUCCGCUUUCCAUGCCAUUGAUCGGGUUGACCCAACUUAUCCGAUACCUCGUUGUCUCUCGCGUCGCGAAUAUUACCCCAGAGGAACUUCGUUCCCGCUUUGCUGGUGCCACCGGACACUCGCAAGGUCUCGUCUCCGCCGUUGCAAUUGCCGCAUCCACCUCACACGAGUCUUUGCUCGAGAAUGCCAAGAAGGCUUUGAAGUGGCUCUUUUUCUGUGGUCUUCGAGGCCAGCAAUACUUCCCUCUCCUCGCAUUAGAGCCCAGCAUCAUCCAAGAUGCUCUGGAUGGCGGCGAAGGCACACCUUCUCCCAUGUUGACCGUCGUUGGGCUCGCAUUGAAGGACCUGGAGUCUCACGUCAAGAAGACCAAUGUUCAUCUUCCGGACAACUCGAAGCUUGAGGUCUCUCUUCACAAUGGGCCCAGGACCUUCGUCGUCACCGGCCCUCCUCGCGCAUUGUAUGGCCUGGUUACUAACUUGAGGAAGAUCCGGGCACCAAGCGGCCUUGACCAGAGCAAGAUUCCCUUCUCUCAACGCAAGCCUGUCUUCUCGGUCGCGUUCUUGGCAGUCAACGUCCCUUAUCAUAGUCAAUACCUUCAAGGUGCGACUGACGAUAUGUUUGAUGACGAUUUGGAGGGUGAGGAGCUGUGGACUCCCGCUGAGUUGGGUAUUCCGGUGUAUCACACCGAGAAUGGUUCUGACCUGCGUGAGCUCAAGACCUCGCUCACAAAGUCGUUGUGCGACCAAAUCUUCACGAACCACAUUCACUGGGCAAAGGCGACUAACUUCCCCGAGACCGCAACGCAUGCUGUUGACUUUGGUCCAGGUGGUGCGAGCGGUAUUGGCCCUCUUACAUCUCGUAAUCUCGAGGGUCGUGGCGUCCGAGUCCUUGUCAUUGGCGAUAAGGCGAAGGGUACUUCGGAGUUGUUCGACGGUCAAUCCGUCAAGCGUGAGGUCUGGUGGAGUAAGAAGUUCUCGCCCAAUCUUGUGAAGACGAGUAAUGGUACUCUUCACGUUGAUACUCCAUUCUCUCAGCUUCUCGGCAAGCCACCGGUUAUGGUUGCAGGUAUGACACCAAGUACCGUCAAGGCCGGCUUCGUCAGCGCGGUUCUCAAUGCCGGUUUCCACAUCGAGCUCGCUGGUGGUGGACACUACAACGCUGCUGCUCUUCGCGCGAAAGUUGCGGAGAUCCAGAGCAAGAUCCCUGCUGGUGUCGGUAUCACCCUUAAUUCGCUGUACAUCAACCCUCGCCAGUUCGGCUUCCAGUUCCCUCUUUGGCAGGAGAUGCGCCGCGAGGGCCUCCCCGUUGAAGGUUUCUGCGUCGCUGCUGGUAUUCCAAGCACAGAGAAGGCUGCGGAGAUCAUCGAGGGUCUCAAGACCGCUGGUAUCAAGCACGUCUCUUUCAAACCCGGCUCUGUUGAUGGUAUUCGCCAGGUCGUCAACAUCGCGGCUGCCAAUCCCGACUUCCCCAUCAUCCUUCAGUGGACUGGUGGCCGUGCUGGAGGUCAUCACUCCUGCGAGGACUUCCACCAACCCAUUCUUGCUACUUAUGGUUCCAUCCGUCAACACAGUAACCUCAUCCUCGUUGGUGGCUCUGGGUUCGGUGGUGCUGAUGAUAUUUGGCCCUACUUGACCGGUGACUGGUCUGUUGAGCAGUAUGGUGCCCAGCCAAUGCCUUUCGAUGGUUUCCUCUUCGCGUCGCGCGUCAUGGUCGCCAAGGAGGCUCACACCAGCUCCUCGGUCAAAGACCUCAUCGUUGCUGCCAGUGGUGUCGAUGACGCUCAAUGGGAAGGAACUUACGCUAAGGAGACUGGUGGUAUUCUCACCGUUCGUUCGGAGCUGGGAGAACCCAUUCACAAGAUCGCUACUCGUGCCGUGAAGCUGUGGAAGGAGUUCGACAACACCGUUUUCAACCUCCCGAAGGAGAAACGCGCUGCUUGGUUGAACGAGCGUCGUGGCGAGGUCAUCGCGAAGCUUAACAAGGACUUCGCUAAGCCGUGGUUCGGCUCGAAGAAGGAUGGCUCUGUUGUUGAGGAUAUUGCGGACAUGACCUAUGAAGAGGUUACUCUGCGUCUGGUUCGGUUGAUGUAUGUCGCGCACGAAGAGAGAUGGGUUGAUACUUCCUUGAGGAACUUGACUGGUGACUGGCUCCGACGAGUUGAGGAAAGGUUUGCUGGUGUUAACGGCAGCGGUAGCAAAGCGUCUAUUCUGCAGUCAUUCUCGUCCCUCGACAAGCCUCAAGCUUUUAUCGAGGAGUUCUUCAAGACAUACCCUGUUGCUACUGAACAGCUUCUCGCUAGCGAGGACAAGAAGUACUUCCUCACAAUCUCUCAACGUCCUGGCCAGAAGCCCGUUCCGUUCAUUCCCAUUCUCGAUGCCAGCUUUGAGGUCUGGUUCAAGAAGGAUUCGCUGUGGGCUGCAGAGGAUAUCGAGGCCGUCUUCGACCAAGACCCUCAACGUGUGUGCAUCUUGCAAGGCCCGGUCGCUGUCAAGCACUCGAAGAUCAAGGACGAGCCAAUCAAGGACAUGCUGGGGAACAUUACGAACAUUCUUGCUCAACGCUUGCUCGAACGUCUGUACAACGGUGAUAUCAGCAAGGUUCCCACAGUCGAUUACCUCGGCGCACGACCUGCCCCUCUCCCUGAGUCGACUGUAGCCGCAUUGGGUGUUCAGCGCACCAUCUCAGACUCCCAGAUUGUAUACAUCGUUGGCAAGUCUGUUCCCGAGAAGUCCGUAUGGUUGGAGACUCUGGCUGGUCCUCGUCUCGACUGGCUCCGAGCAUUGCUUAUCUCCCCUGCUGUUGUGCAAGGUACUGCCUACAUUGACAACCCUUUGCGUCGCCUCUUCGCUCCUCGUCCCAACCAGAAGGUCGUCAUCGAUCUCGCCGGCGGACUUCCCACCGCCGUCUCGCUCUACGGUUCUGCUCGCUCGUACGGCGAGCACAAACCGGACUUCAAGGCGGUCGAAGCGAAGUUCGAGGCGUCAAAGAAUUUGAUCCAUCUCACCCUGUUUGAGGACCGUAAGGAUGUCUCUGUACCCCUCUACCUCGAGUUCGAGUAUAAGCCUUCCAUGGGCUAUGCUCCCAUCCACGAGGUCGCUGGUGAUCGCAACAAGCGCAUCAAGGACUUCUACUGGAGGCUCUGGUUCGGCGAUAACGAGUCACUGCCUGAGCUCAACAUCCGUGACACUUUCACCGGUCCCGCGGUUACAAUCGAUGAGGACGAUGUUGAAGACUUCUGUGCAAUCAUCGGUAAUCAAGGCGAAGCGUUCAAGUCCACCAGGUCCCAGACAGUGCAAGCACCCAUGGACUUCGCCAUUGUCACUGGUUGGCAAGCGACCAUGAAGUCUGUGUUCCCUGGUCUUAUCGAUGGCGAUUUACUGAAGUUGGUUCAUCUCUCGAACGGCUUCCGGUUGCUUGACGGUGCGGCUCCACUCAAGGCUGGCGAUGUUUGCACAUCGGAAGGAAAGAUCGUCUCUGUCAUUAACACUGACGCCGGUAAGGCCGUCAAGGUCAAGGGCCAUAUCAUCCGAGAUGCUGCUCCCGUCAUUGAGGUUGUUUCCUCGUUCCUGUACCGUGGACGUUUCGACGACUUUGAGAACACUUUCGAUACCAUUGAGGAGCCUGACUACAUCGUCGACUUGGCGAAUGAAGCUGAGGUUGGUGUUCUGCAGAGCAAGGAGUGGUUCGAGUGGGACGACGAGACAAAGCCUCUGCAAGCUGGUACCAAGCUGGUAUUCAGGGUGAAGUCCGAGGUUACUUACCGUAACAAGACCUGCUACAAGGCCGUGAAUGUCUCUGGCGAUAUCUUCGUACGUGAUCAAAUCAAGCGUCUCAUUAAGGUCGGGUCCGUCGACUUCUCUCAAGACGACAGCAGAGGUAACCCUGUUACCGAGUACCUCAAGCGUCACGGCCAGCCUCAGGGUCUUGUUUCGCCUCUCCCCAACAGUGGAUACACUAUGGCUACCUCUCCCGAUCUGACCAUCUUUAACUCUCCUUUCAGUAACGAGCCCUACAGCAAGGUCUCCGGUGAUUUCAACCCUAUUCACAUUAAUCCCUACUUUGCCGAUUUCGCUGCUCUUCCAGGAACGAUCACCCACGGUAUGUGGUCUAGUGCCGCUACCCGACGAUACGUCGAGAUCGUCGCAGCUCAAGGUCAUCCUGAUCGUGUUGUCUCCUACGAUGUGUCUUUCGUCGGCAUGGUUCUUCCUGGAGACGAGCUCAAGGUCAUCAUCAAACAUACCGGCAUGCGUGACGGGAACCUGGUUCUCAAGGUCACCACUCAGAAUGAGCGUGGUGAAAAGGUCAUCGAAGGAACCGCCGAAGUUGCCCAACCUGCAACCGUCUACGUCUUCACAGGUCAAGGUUCUCAAGAACCGGGCAUGGGCAUGGAGCUUUACAACAACUCCCCAGCUGCUCGCUCCGUCUGGGACGCAGCUGACGAACAUCUUGCUGCUGUCUACGGCUUUUCUAUCGUCGAGAUCGUCAAGGACAACCCGAAAGAGAAAACUAUUCACUUUGGAGGUAUCAAAGGUCAGGCUAUUCGCCAACGCUACAUGGACAUGACCUACGACACCAUGGACAAGGACGGCAACGUCAAGACCCUUCCCCUGUUCGGUGAUAUUAACAAUCGCACUCAACGCUACACUUUCAGCCAUCCGAAUGGUCUCCUUUUCGCUACUCAGUUCGCUCAGAUUGCCCUCGUUGUUACGGAACGUGCUGCUUUCGAGGAUAUGCGCUCCAAGGGCUUCGUCCAGAAGGAUUCCGCUUUCGCUGGUCAUUCUCUUGGAGAGUACUCAGCCCUGGCUUCCAUCGCAGACGUCCUCCCCAUCUCCUCCCUCGUCGAUGUUGUGUUCUACCGUGGUAUUACGAUGCAGCGUGCCGUCGAGCGUGACGCGCAGAACCGUUCUAAUUAUGCCAUGUGUGCCGUUAAUCCUGGCCGUAUCUCGAAGACAUUCAACGACGCGGCUCUUCGUGAGGUGGUCGAUUCGAUCUCCCAGCGUACUGGCUGCUUGCUCGAAAUCGUCAACUUCAAUGUCGAAGGUCAGCAAUACGUCUGUGCCGGAGAACUUGUCGCUUUGCAGACAAUGACGAAUGUCCUCAACUACCUGAAGAUCGAGAAGAUUGACAUCGCGAAGCUUACGGAGAAGUUCACCGUGGAGCAGGUGAAGGAGAUGCUUGGUGAGAUUAUCGAGUCAUGUCACACGAAAGCGAAGGAGCAGCAACAAGCUGAGGGCUACAUCAAGCUUGAACGUGGUUUCGCCACCAUUCCUCUUCCCGGUAUUGAUGUGCCCUUCCAUUCUCGCUACCUCUGGGCUGGCGUGCUUCCUUUCCGAGCCUACCUCUCAAAGAAGAUCAAUCCCUCCCAUCUCAACCCCGACAUGCUCGUCGGCAAAUAUGUUCCCAACCUUAUUGCCAAGCCAUUCCAAGUCUCGAAGGAAUACGCACAGCUUAUCUACGACCAAACCCUGUCUCCUCGGCUCGACAAAGUCCUUCGCAAGUGGGACCAGGAGAACUGGGGUGCUCGUGAACAACGUCAAAAGCUUGCAUAUGUCAUUCUCGUGGAGCUCUUGGCGUAUCAGUUCGCUUCUCCCGUACGUUGGAUCGAGACCCAGGACAUCCUAUUCACUCAGUAUCAAUUUGAGCGUUUCGUCGAGAUCGGUCCUUCACCAACCCUCACCGGCAUGGCCACUCGCACGCUCAAAGCGAAGUACGAGAACCAAGACAACUCUGUGAGCCGCACCCGAGUCAUUCUGUGCCAUGCGAAGAACCAGAAGGAAGUCUACUAUCAAUUUGAGGACGAACCAGAGGAAGCCGCCCCCACAGAGUCCGCGGCCGACGCGAGUGGGGCGCCUGCCGCUGCUGCUGCUCCCGUCGCUGCACCAGUUGCAGCCCCUGCAGGCCCUGCCGCCAGCAUCGAAGACGUACCUUUGAAGGCCACUGAUGUCCUUCAUGUAAUUGUUGCCCAGAAGUUGAAGAAGAAGGUCGAAGAGGUUCCGCUGUCCAAGUCUGUCAAGGACCUUGUUGGCGGAAAGUCAACGAUGCAGAAUGAAAUUCUGGGUGACCUUGGCUUGGAAUUCACCUCAGCUCCAGAGAAGGGCGAAGAACUGCCACUCGAAGAGCUCGGCUCUGCCCUCGGUGUCGGUUACUCCGGAACACUAGGGAAGUACACCUCCGGUCUUGUCUCUCGACUGAUUGGUGGGAAGAUGCCUGGUGGUUUCAACCUGUCUGCUAUCAAAGCUUACCUGUCGAAGACGUGGGGUUUAGGACCUGCGCGUGCUGACGGCAUAGUCCUCCUCGGUACGACGAUGGAGCCUCCAAAGCGUCUGGGUUCGGAAGCCGAGGCUAAAGCAUGGUUGGACUCUGUUGUCGCUCUGUACGCUCAACGUUCCGGCGUUUCGCUCUCGUCCGGCGGCGCAGCAGGAGGCGGAUCUGGUGGUGCAGGUGGUGCAGUCAUCAACAGCGAGGAGUUCCAGAAGUUCCGCGCCGAGCAGGAGGAAUUUGCUCUUCAGCAAAUCGAAGUCUACAUGCGGUAUCUCAAGCGUGACUCUCGGUCGGGCGAGAUCAAGUACGACAGCGAGAAGGCGCGCGCAGAGGCACUUCAAGCUCGCCUCGAUGCUAUCAAUCGUGAACACGGUGAUGUCUACAUCGACGGCGUUCAACCUCGAUUCGACCCACUCAAGGCUCGGCACUUUGAUUCAUCGUGGAACUGGGUUCGUCAGGACGCUCUGCUCAUGUGGUACGACAUCAUUUUUGGCCGACUCACCACUGUCGACCGCGAGAUUACUGCCCGUUGCAUCGCUAUCAUGAACCGUGCUGAUCCCGAACUUGUCGAGUACAUGCAAUACAACAUCGACCAAUGUGACCCGAACCGUGGCGAAACGUACAAGUUGGCGAAGCAGUUUGGACAGCAACUGAUUGACAAUUGCCGCGAGGUUGUUGGUCAACCACCCCUUUACAAGGAUGUGACGUUCCCCACCGCACCUCAUACUGAGAUUACCGCUCAAGGUGAAAUCAAGUACUCUGAGAUCGUCAGAGAGAACGUUCGCAAGCUUGAGGCUUAUGUUGAGGAAAUGGCCAGUGGCGACACUAUCUCAACCCCUACCAAUAUCCAAAAGAUUCAAGAUGAUGUUCUCAAGCUUUGGAACGUGGUGAAGUCUCAACCAGAGAUUAGCGAGGAGCAGAAGAACCGCAUCAAAGCACUCUACGAAGGCGUUGUACGAUCUCUUCGCAAGCGUCCUGAAUCUCGCGCGCGACCCGGAGCUCCACGCACCCGUCGCUCAUCUUCGCAAUUCCUUCGCCCUCAAGUCUCCGGAAUUACAUCCAUCACGGCUGACAAGGUCCCCCUUUUGCAUCUCAAGCGUAAAGUUGGAGCGACUUGGGAGUACAGCAGCAACCUCACUGGCGUCUACCUUGAUAUUCUCCAUGAGAUUGCAACCUCCGGCACGACCUUCAAGGAUAAAAAUGCGCUUCUCACCGGUGUAGGCAAGGCUUCCAUUGGAGUGGAGAUUAUGAAGGGUCUCUUGUCGGGUGGUGCUCACGUCGUCAUCACCACAUCUCGUUACAGCCGCGCGACCGUUGAGUACUACCAAGGCAUCUUCCAACAAUUUGGCAGCAAGGGUUCGGCUCUGACCGUUGUUCCUUUCAACCAAGGAUCGAAACAAGACGUCGAAGCCCUUGUCGACUACAUCUAUGCGACGCUCGGAUUAGACCUCGACUAUAUUAUUCCUUUCGCCGCUGUGCCUGAGAAUGGCCGCGAAAUCGACGGUUUGGAUGAUAAGUCGGAGCUGGCUCAUCGUAUCAUGUUGGUGAACCUGCUCCGUCUCCUUGGCGCCGUCAAGAUCAAGAAAGCAAGUCGUCACUUUGUUACUCGUCCGACGCAGGUCAUCCUUCCUCUGUCGCCCAACCACGGUCUGUUCGGAAAUGACGGUCUCUAUUCGGAAUCCAAGAUUUCACUUGAAACACUUUUCAACCGUUGGGCUUCGGAGAGCUGGGGAGAGUAUCUCUGUCUCGCUGGCGCAGUGAUUGGGUGGACUCGCGGCACGGGUCUUAUGGAUGCUUCGGACACAGUUGCCUAUGAUUUGGAAAGCCACGGCGUCCGCACAUUCUCAGCGAAGGAGAUGGCGUUCAACAUUUUGGGCCUCAUGCAUCCGCUACUCUUCAGUAUCACUCAAGUUGAGCCAAUCUGGGCCGACCUCAAUGGUGGCAUGGAUCGUCUUCCGGAUCUCGCAGAUAUCACUGGCCGCAUUCGCGAAGACCUCCGUAAAAAGAGUGACUUGCGUCGCGCGAUCGCCAGGGACAAUGCCGCGGACUUCAAGAUCAUCAAUGGCGUUGAGGCUGAGAGAGUUCUUCAGACGGUCAACGUCACCCCACGCGCUAACUUCAAGUUCGACUUCCCUGCCUUGGAGCCUGUUGAGGCAUUGGAGGAUCUCUCAAAACUUCGUGGUCUCGUUGAUCUCGAGAAGGUCGUCGUCGUCACGGGCUUUGGUGAAGCUGGGCCAUGGGGAAGCUCUCGCACACGUUGGGAAAUGGAAGCACGAGGCGAAUUCACAAUCGAAGGCUGUAUUGAGAUGGCGUGGCUUAUGGGUCACAUCAAACACUUCGACGGGAGACUCAAAGAUGGUAGUCUGUAUGUUGGCUGGGUUGACGCGAAGUCGGGCGAGCCUGUCGAUGACAAGGAUGUUCGCUCCCGCUACGAGCAACAGAUUCUCGAGCAUGCCGGUGUUCGUUUGAUUGAACCGGAGCUUUUCAAAGGCUAUGACCCCAACAAGAAGGUAUUCCAUCAGGAGAUUGAGCUUAUACACGAUCUGGAGCCGUUCGAAGCUGCCCAGGUGGAAGCCGAGAAGUUCAAAUACGAACAUGGUGAUAAGUGCAAUAUCUGGGCUGGUGAAGGUGGCCAAUGGUUCGUCAAGUUCAAGAAGGGAGCCAGGGUUCUCGUGCCAAAGGCGUUCAAAUUCAAUCGCGUGGUUGGCGGGCAAAUUCCUACUGGCUGGGACGCUGGUCGCUACGGAAUUCCCGCUGACAUUAUCGCCCAGACCGACCGUUGUGCUCUGUGGACCCUUGUGUCCGCCGCUGAAGCGUUGAACAUGUCAGGUAUCACUGAUCCGUAUGAGCUGUAUCAACACGUGCACCCAUCUGAGGUUGGAACGAGUAUUGGUAGCGGUAUGGGUGGCGUGGAGAGUAUGGCUGCUAUGUUCAAGGAUCGUCGCGAAGAGAAGGACGUCCAGAACGAUGUGCUCCAGGAGACGUUCAUCAACACGGUGGCCGGUUGGGUAAACCUGCUUUUGCUCUCGUCGAGCGGUCCUAUCAAAAUUCCUGUCGGUGCUUGUGCCACUGCUUUGCAAUCAGUCGAGAUCGCUUGCGACACUUUGCUCAGCGGUAAGGCGAAAGUGAUGCUUGCAGGAGGCUUCGACGACUUGAGCGAGGAAGGCUCGUACGAGUUUGCAAACAUGAAGGCAACCAGCAACUCCGAAACGGAGUUCGCCAUGGGCCGAGAACCUACUGAGAUGUCAAGACCAACUACAUCCACUAGAUCAGGGUUCAUGGAGUCGCAAGGCUCUGGUGUACAGGUUCUGAUGUCCGCUAAGACAGCUUUAGAGCUAGGUGCACCAAUCCGUGGUAUUGUCGCCUUCACGUCUACGUCUACGGACAAAGCCGGCCGUUCUAUUCCAGCGCCUGGUGCUGGUGCUCUCUCAAUCGCUCGCGAAGUUAAAUCGGAACAUCCUCUUCCCAUUUUGGAUCUUCAAUACCGCUCCCGACAACUCUCCUUCCGUCGCAAGCAGAUCUCACAAUGGCUUACUAAUGAGCAGGAUCUACUUCGCGAUGAGCUCGAAUUCCGAAAGAGUCAAGGCGAGAAGUUGAACGACAACUACUUUGCUUCUCGUGUUGCGGACAUUGAGGCCGAAGCAGCACGUCAAGAGAAGGAUGCGUUAGCAACCUACGGCAUGCUCCAGGGAACCGAUCCUCGCGUUGCUCCUCUUCGUCGGGCACUUGCUGUCUGGGGCCUGACCCCCGACGACAUCGGCGUUUUAUCAAUUCAUGGUACCAGCACUGGAGCGAACGAGGCGAACGAGACUCACCUUUGGAAUGACGUCUUCACCAACCUAUCCCGUACGACAGGCAAUGCUGUACCUAUUAUGGCGCAGAAGAGCCUAUGUGGGCAUGCGAAGGGUGGAUCGGCUGCAUGGCAAUUGAUUGGUCUCCUCCAGAGUGUCUACCAUGGUAUUGUUCCUGGCAAUCGCAAUGCAGAUAAUGUCGAUGCGGCUUUCAAGCAGUACAGUCAUCUGAUGUUCCCCUCCAAGACCAUCCACACGGACGGUAUUCGCGCUGGAAUUAUGUCGUCGUUCGGUUUCGGUCAAGUCGGCGGCACUUGCAUGGUCCUUCAUCCUCGCUAUGUGUUCGCCGCUAUAGAGCCAUCGGUGUACUCGACAUACAAGGCUAAGAACCAAGUCCGAGCCCGUCUCUCGUACAAGGCAAUGAGCGAGAUGAUGAUCAACAACUCGUUGGUGAAGGUCAAGGAUGGACCCCCGUACUCGAAGGAGCUGGAAGCUCCUGUCUUGAUGAAUUCACUAGCUCGAACGGUUUACGACCCCAAGACUGGUAGCUACGCGUACUCGGCGAAGCACCUAAAUACCAAGCCAACGUUCGACAUCUCCAAUGCUCCUGCACUCACAGAGAUCGCCGCACAUCAAGCUACCGCUGGAGUUGGUGUCGACCAAGAACUCAUCUCAUCUGUCCCUUCUUCAAACCCGACGUUCCUCGCUCGCAACUUCACUGAUGCCGAGAUUGCAUACUGCCGUUCCCAACCAUCCCCGGAAGCAUCAUUCGCUGCUCGCUGGACCGGUAAAGAAGCCGUCUUCAAGUCUCUCGGAGUUUCAUCCAAGGGUGCUUCCGCUGCUAUGAAAGAUAUCGAGAUCCUCCCCAACGAGGCCGGUGCUCCAACCGUCACCUUGCAUGGUGACGCGAAGGCUGCUGCGGACAGCAAGGGUGUCUCUAAAGUUCACAUCUCACUCAGCCACUCCGAGACGGUCGCUAUUGCAUUCGCUCAAGCAAUUUCUUCCUGAUCAUCUUCACGGACCUUCAUGAUGUACACGCUUUCUUCGUUUCGGAUAGUUUUACGGGUUAGACGUUCGUUCUUAGACUACACGAUUUUCAUGCUCUGGUUCUCUAUCUCUUCCGACUCUGUAAUAACGAUUCAAUAGAAAUUCCAUUCUCUCCACU